AUGCCUCUCGCAAGUGAUGCAUUCCAGGCAGAUCUCUCACGUCUCUCACCUUCCCAUCUUGAAGUUUCACUUCCCGUCACCCUCUCUCUCGCCGUCCUGGCCUACCUUCUCCUCGUCUCCACCCUCCGCUUCCAGCGCGUUCGCAUCCUCUACCGCGACUACCCACAGUAUACAACUCGUGCAUCCAUGUCCCAAAUGACCGUGGACGAUGCAUGGGCGAUACAAAAGAACAUCUUGCAACUUGAGUUCCCUACCACUGCAGUGAAAGCCCUCCAAUUUGCGCUUUUUCGGACAUAUGGCAUCCCGACCAUCUCCUCCCUCCUUCUGCAUACCUCCCAAUUUUCAAAUCCUGCCACCUCCUUCAAACGCUACGCAGACACGGGUGCCCUCAUCGGUCAGUUCGUGACAUGCCCUCCUACCUCCUCUCGUGCACGCACCGCCAUUGCUCGUACCAAAUUCCUACACUCCGGAUACCGUGCCAGCGGUAGAAUUCUCGAGUCUGACAUGCUCUAUACCCUGAGCCUAUUCGCCACGGAGCCGAUCCGCUUCGUGGAACGAUUCGAGUGGCGAGCAAUGACGGAAUUGGAACGAUGUGCUAUUGGAACUUACUGGAAGAGCCUGGGAGAUGCCCUGGAUAUCAGUUAUGAUGAGUUACCAUCGGGAAAAAGCGGGUUUAGUGAUGGCCUGCAUUUCUUGGAGGAGCUCCGGCAGUGGGGUGACCAUUAUGAAGAAGAGAACAUGAGACCCGACCACCGCAAUAGAUUGGUUGCUGACAAGACGAUGGACGUCAUUGUUUAUGGAUUUCCUAAGUGGCACAUUCUUUGUGAUGGCUUCUGCAAAGAGCCAUGUGCUGAUAGUCUGAACCAGGAAGUUUUCAGUGAUACUCCCAAUGAAGACGGUCGGUAUUAUGUUCAAAUAUGGAAAGGAAUGCCGUACUACGUGCAGCCGACCAUGUGGAACCGCUGGGGUCCGGCGGCGUGGCUGACGUGGGCCCUCGGCCUUCCACUUCCCGGCGAUGAUGGCGAUACCUAUUACCCAAGGGGUUUCGAUGUAGCCGAUCUAGGACCGAGGCAAUUUGAAGGAAGGGGCCGGAAGUCAGUGGGUGAAUAUGUAGAUGUCUUGGAAAAGGAACACAAAGGACAGUGUCCCUUUGGCGGGAGGAGUGACCAGCCGGAGAUAUGUUUGAGUCGUUAG